AUGGUAAUACUCGGGCACUGGUUGCUGAAUGGGGAGGACAAGAAUGUAACGUGAGUAACAUGUUAGUCACACUGCAGAGGAAGCCACUCAGGGGAUUUCAAAUUAAGUGAUUUCCCUUUCAAUUUGCAUAAAAACUUAUGUUAAGACGCAAAACGAGCAAGAAAAUGUGAAGUUCUAAAUAAAUUACAAAAAGUUCCAGAUAAAUUACAAAGUUAAGAAAAAAUGAUGUCACAGGAGUUUUCUUCUUAAUUUGUUCUUUUUCUUGGACAAGUUUGAGUCACAAGCCAAAGUACUUUUAGUGGUCCAUUUACCCAAACCAUGCGGGUAGGAAUCUUGUGCAGAAACAUCGAACUAUAAAAUUUGAUGUGGUGGGAAAAGGACAAGCUACAAAGGACUUCCAAAUAAGCUGAACAGACUAAAAAGAGUGGACAAUUUUAUCGCCUGAAAUCAUAGCCAAUAUUUUCUAAGGAUUCGCAAACGGAAUGGCGUGAACUAUUUGAUUUUCCAACCAGAAUUUCAGGUUUUCUCAAGUAAAUGGUAAGUAUUCCAGGUUUGUUCGCUUUGCAAAUUUAAGUCUUUUUCUUCUCGUCAGGUUUUACGGAUCACGGUCCUUAACAGAAGGACGAUGUCCCAAGAGCAAAGCCGUUUCGUUCUCCAAAACAUCUCAGUUCUACGCCACGACACCGAUAAUCAGUUUGAACGGACGCAGCUUUACGAUUUCAUGCUGGAUAAAACAAACCCAAAGGAAUGCCAUGUCAGGAGAGAUCUACGGUGAUUGGCAGUACCCAUAUCAGUUUCUGCUUAGUACAAAAGAACAAAGGAUAUCAUUCCAUCGUCACAGUCACGAUGAAAAUGAGGAAUGGUGGUCUUUAACAAGUAAAGAAAUUCCUUUAAAAAAAUGGAUUCACCUGGUAGUCAAGUGGAAUAACGAGGCAGGUAAGGUAUUCAUCUAUGCCGAUGGGGUUGAAAUUGCAUACAGAACAUUUUCCACAGGUGCAAAGUUCUAUGAUUCCUCCAGACAUUUGUAUGUGGUUGGCAAUGCCAAAAAAACACACCAGUUCCAAGGAUCAGUGAUGGAUCUGUUCGUCUUUGGCACAGCACUCUCACUGGAUGAAAUAAAUAAACUAAGAGGUGAGAGAUUUGAAAUCCUCUAUACCUUGUUUUAGUUUGAGCAGGAGAUGUCUGUGAUGUUAUAGAAAUAUAUUAGGAAGCUUAAGCAACGACGACGACAACAGUAGAUGAAAACGCCGCAAAAAAAAAUAAUAAUAAUUUUUGCCUCUUUAACUUACUCGGAUCUAUUUGGACCCGCUCAGUUUGUCAAAUGUAAGCGCUUUCUCCUGGAGUUGAAUUCUAACGGACUUUCUCCAGCUUCUGAAAGAGGAAGGAAAAUUCGUCGUCAUAUGUUCACGUCCUCCAUAAAACGUCACAUUAGAUGGUUUCACGUCGUAGUAAUGUAGUAGACGUCAAAGAAACAUGUAUUAAAAGCGUGAUGUACGUGCAAAGAAGCUGUUUUGGUCUUAAAAGCAAUUGGUUUUUCACGUUGUCGUUGUUUCGUGCUGAAAAUCAGUCUGUUCCCCGGAUAAACCAUCGAAACUUCUUCAUACGUGUAGGUAAGGAGAGGCUUACUAAUCACUUCCUAGUCAUAAAUAUAAAUGAAUGAGCAUUUCCUUUGAACAAGCGAAAAGAGUAAGAAGCAUGCACUACAAAAUGUGGCAGAAUAAUUCGUAUUGAUAUCAGUUCAUCAAUAUGUACAGUUCCCCUAGACGUUAUCUGAGCUCUCGACCAAAAUCUAUUCGUUCUCUGUCUUUAAAAUCGCUCUCUCGAACCUUUAAUUUACUUGCGUUCUAAGAAAAAUACCACAUUAAAAUUAACUGAAACAUUUUGAAAAAAAAAUCAAGGUGUUCCAACGAUAGUGAACAAACAAGUCACGGGAGGAACAGUUGGAAUACAAUGGGAGCCACCCUUGGAAGGAGCGUGUCCCGUAUUGGCUUAUAAUAUUUACUACAGAAGAGUGAGUUCACCACGAUCUGGAGAAAGCAAAAGGGAUUUAAUCAGCAUCGAUGGAAGUAUAAAUCAAUAUACCAUUCAUCUAAAUUGCAGUCACGAGUAUGAAAUAAAUGUUACUUCAAUGGAUGGCCAUAUGGAAAGUGACAGCAGCCAGACUUUGAAGUUUAAACCCAGUGGAGGCAAGUUAAAAAUUAUCUUAAAUUCGGAAUCUCUUUUGUUCUUUUUUUCGAACCAAGUAUGACAUUUAACGAAUGGCAAGCACCCGUUUCAUUGUCACAUUUGUUCUCCAUUUUUUUUUCAGAUGUUCCUUCGCCUCCAGUUUUAAGCAGUUUAGAAAAAGAAGUAUUCAGCUGCAACGUCAGCCUGGCAUGGGAAACGCCUUCAGAUCAUGGAUGUCCGCUAAUUAUGUAUACGAUCUACUACAUGCAGAUUCAACCACAACAACCAGGAGCACCCUGGUACGUUGUGAACAUCACCAACGCCAUGGCAAAUAAAUACUUUUUGGCAACAAGAUGUGACACGGAGUAUAAAAUCGAAAUGACCGCCUGGAAUGAGGUAGGGCAGAGCAGCAGGUCAAAAACGUGGAAAACAACAAGUUCAGGUAGGUUUUUCAGGACAAUCAUAUCGUUACAAUAAUUACUGAUCACCAAUAAAGGCGUGUAAACGGAUUUUCAGAGAAUUCGUUCAAAAUCUUCCCUAACUUACUAUCACAUCACGCGAACAAAAGCCAGGGAGCAAUAGUUUGAGACACAACGUUCCACACGGUUUAAACUUGUUUCAUCAAUAAAAGAUGCUUUAAGAUUUUCGACACCUACAAGUUUCGCACAAAUGAAAUAAAGCAAAUCCAUGUAAAAGCCAUUUAUUUUAGUUUUCUAUUACUGAUUUCAUUUUUAUUUUUUUAAAACCUGGCUUCAAUGGAUAAACAAGUUGGGGUGAAUAGGGCUUAAGAUUACCACUUAGAAGAUCUAUAAUUAAUUACUUGAAUGUAAAUGUGGAUGCAAAAUGUUUGAAGCAGAAGAAAGUUUCUCACCAGUAUCGUUACUCUCUUUUUCAAUGAGAAUAGCCUCAUUGUUACCUUUUUACAUCUUUUCAGGUACACUUAAUGAGGAAUCCUCGAUCUCAAAACCAUCAGAAUCAGUAGUUACCAAAAGUGGAAACCAUUCGGCUCUAUCCCAAGCUGCUGGUUUAACAGCAGGAAUUGCUGCUUUCCUUGUUAUAGCCAUUUUGGCAAUAUUCCUGUUUCGAAGAAAAUUAGCCAAAAGAAUAGGACGGGAUCGUAACGCCAGACCAAGAAGGUAAAUGAAGAAAUGUCAUUGAUCGAAACGUAAGAAGUCUUCAAACUAGUAAGCGACACCACAAACUUAACAAGUUAUUAACUGAACCCAAUAAGGCUCCAUAUUCACUAAGAAAUCAAUAGCCUGCGAGCAAGCUCUCCUAUUUGGGCGAGCCUCGCGAGAACGCGCGAGCGAGGGGCCUUUCCUCUGCCCCUCGCGGCUUUGCCUUUCGCUCGCGUGUUCUCGCGAGACUCGCUUCGCUCGCCCAAAUAGGAUAGCUUGCUCGCAGGCUAAGAAAUCAACGACACUUUGCACUUCCAAAGUGGGAGACGGACCGAACACUUUUAUUUAGCCGUCAAUUAAAUGAUUCGGUUUUAAUGCUUUUAUAUAUUAUAUGCAUGAAUUUUAAUAUUGAUAUAUUGUAAAUUAUUCUAUUUUAGCUUAGUUUUAUUCUUAAAUAACGCAAUUCAGCCCCUGGCUGCUGAUGUAAUUAUUCUAAUAAACUAUCUAUCUAUCCAUCUAUCUAUCUAUCUAUCUAUCUUGAUCUAUCUAUCUAUCUAUCUAUCUAUCUAUCUAUCUAUCCAUCCAUCUACCUACCCAUCUGUUGAAGAUAAGAAAGAUUAUGAAUUCCUAGUCCAAGGAACUAAAAACAAAAAAGACAAAACGUUAUUUGUAAAGCAUUCGAUGCAACUAUAAAUACCGUUGUUUUUGUUUUUAUUUCUUUAUUUUCUUCAUUCAGGUCCAAGUCCACUAUAAUCCCCCUUAUACAAUGGGAGAUUCUACGAGAACAAGUUAUCUUCCAGGAAGAGAUCGGUCGUGGUGCAUUUGGUAAAGUGUUAAAAGGCAUAUUUAGGGAAUCCCCUGGAAUCGACGUAUUUUACGAGCCCAGAAAUCAGACCGUCGACUUUAAAGAAGGCAGAACAGUAGCCGUUAAAGUUGUAGGAGGUUAGUAAUCAAGCAAUAAAAGCAAUGUUCUUCACGAUUAUGAUUGCUAUUUGUAGUUUCUUUAGCAAAUUCUUUAAACAGUAUAUAAAAGGUCUAUUAUUGCAACGAAUGGUGUUUUAAGGAGACCUUAUAUUAAGACACGACCUUUAGAAAGUCCCCCACUUGUUUCUAUAUUUAUGGAUACUAACAACAUUUCGUUGUAUCCAUUUAAUGGCACUUUGAAGAUCAAGUGAAGUACAUUCAUCAUCAUUGAUUCGACUAACUUGACUGUUCUAGGGUUCAGCAUAAGUCUCUUCCAGGGAGGUCUGUCGUUAGCACUCUCUUGCUAACCGUUCAGAGAUCGAUGUCUCUCUACUUCACGUUUCUUCCAGCAACAUCCCUAGUUGUUCGAAGGCCGAUUAGCGCUUAACUCGGGGUUAAAUUUAACCAGGGUUUCUUUUUCUUGUGCUCAAAAGCAUUUUCUUGGACGAAUUUUCUCUGUUAUUUUUAAACCUUCCAAUCAUCAACCGGUAGACAAAAAGAAUUAAAACUAAAAUGCUUUUUAAGCUUUCAAAUCUGAAUUCAAAUCGAGCACUAGCCCUGGGUUAUCUUAACCCAGCUUUUGUGUGAUCUUGUCUUUACAGCACACGUUUUUUCAUUCUUAAAUGUCUCAUCAGUAUAAGCAUGUAGCUUCUUCGAAUUCACGUGGGUCUGAUACCGAGUCCAUUAGAAUGGCUUAGAUUGGGUUACUCGGAGUCGAAAGGGGGCUUAAGCAAACAGGAACACAACUGUUAAACACUGUGCAUAUCGGUUAUGAAGCACAUUUGUACCUUUUUUCAAUCUUCAACGUGAUUUUUCGUACAUUUAAUUAGUUAACAAGCGAUUUCAAGUCAGACAAAAGAGAAGAAUAUUCUUGUUGUGAUCUUUAGUCAACCUUAAUAUCCUACACUGUUUAUAAUUGAUUAGGUACGGAUCUAUGUGUAAUUCAACAAAUCAAGGUAAGUAAAUUAAUUUCUCUUGUCAAAAAUAUUCACUUUAUAAUUUUGUUCUAAUUUUAGAACGGGCAGACCAAGAAGCCAAAAAUCAAUUUUUGGAAGAAAUUGAGCUGAUGAAAGCAAUCGGCUGCCACAAGAAUGUCGUUAGCAUGCUGGGAUGCUGUAUUACCUCAGACCCCAUUUUUUUGGUCCUGGAAUAUGCUCCGUAUGGUGAUCUACAACGUUGGCUCAGAAAUAAGAGAUUGCAGGUAUGAUAGCUAUGAUAGCGGUGAGUUCGACUUACUUUAAAAGCUCUCGAUUGUGAAUGUAACACUCGCCAUUAACGUUAAGUUGAAAAUCGGAAGCUUGUGUGGAAAAAAGGUUUUUCCCUAUCCUGUAUAGACUGUUCACAGUCCCCUUUUUUCCCGUUAGAUCGUCGAGAUCGAGCGCUAUGCGUUACGGGCUGCCAUCUUGGAUUAGUGUCAAAACUACUUAGGGGGCGGGGGGCGGUUUGGAAGGAAGCGAGAAAAAUAGAAGGACUGUAAUAACAUCACUGCAGCCCGCGUUCAGGGGGCGUAACAGGAAUUUGACGCCUUUUACACAAUUCAUUAAUUAAUAAACUCCGCUGGCGAAGGAAAACAUGCCAGACACCAACCUAGUUCCCAGGGUUCUCUCCUACCUGUGAGGUUGGCCAGACACAUUUAGCAUCGAUUUCGCAUGUUUACAAAAUUAAUAUCUCCUUUCGAAACAGUGAUUUAAUACGGUUUCUGGGACAUUCCUCCAAAUAACAUCGGGAAACAUGCACGGAUGAAACAUUUUCCUAAUCGAAGCGCUAAGCAUACAUGCUCGCUUCGCCACAGAUUAAAACGGUUAAACUUCCCGAUAAAAAGCCAGGCACGUCGGCGUAAAGUUAAAUUUCAAUUCGUUUGGCAGAAACGGUGUUAUGACAUUAACGCUUAUCAUUGUAUGAAACAAAUAGAUUCCAUGUUGCCGUGGGUCUAUUUAAUAAUAGAUCACAGAUGACGUCAAAAUGUGAUAAAAACAAUGAAGUGGCACACUGGCCGCAGGCGAGUGUGUCACUGGUGUUUUUACAACAUUUUGACGUCCUCUGUGAUCUAUUACUGAACAGGCCCAAGGCAACAUGGAAUCUAUUUUUUUAUACAAUGAUCAGAAAAGGAAAAACACCGAUGCAAUAUUGUAAAGAAACUCAGCUCUUACCCAUAAGCCUUCUAAGAUGACUCUCUUCUUGGUUCCUGAUUAGCAAAGAAAUAUUCAGUUUCAUCAAAAAGACAUUCUCAACUUGGCCAUCUCUAGCUGCUUUAAGGCUCUACAAUGACAGAGGCAGCAUGAGACUUAAGCUAGCCCCAAGCAGAGAAUUCAAAGCCACAUCAAGCCCCCUUCCCCGACCUCACACGGACUCGCAGCCGAGCACAUGGAUGAGGGGAAUUCUUUCAUUGGCAAUCAGCUUGAUACAUUUAAAAAAUUUGGCAUGACAAACUUAAAGCAAACCGGCAUGAUCAGUGAACUGAUUCUCCAGAGAGACUAGCUGAACAUACCACGCUUUUGCAGCAGCCUUCUCCCCCAGGGAUUGACAUGUAGGCCCCUUCCCACCCCAUGGCAGCUUGACGAUGAGACCAACCAAGACAGCAAGCCCUCUAUGAGAAUUCUCACGGCAGUCACCACUAUCGCCAGGUUUCUGUGCGAAUAUUUGGGCCUUUUUGAGGCACGUUUUCCAAAAUUCGGCUCGAUGUAACUGUUGAUAUAAAUAGAUAUCCUCGAUAAACGAGGGCGUAAGCACGAGAAGAAAAAAUAAGAGACGUUUGUUUUUUCUCGUCUGGACCCAAUUCCUUAUUGUAACAAAACGUCGUGGUUUGCAAUCGCGUUGGCUGAGAUAAGAACUAGACGGGUUUUAAGAGAAAAGGCGGACUGCAAGUAGUCUAUACUUUGUUUGCCUAAUCGGCAAGAGAACAAUAACGCAAUAGACAUACACCUAGGGACUCUUGGGCAGAUAUGAUUUUAGGGCCUACAGAUACAAUCUUGCUCGAACUGUUAUUCGUCUGUUUGUUUUUGUUUGUUUUUGUCUUUGUUUUGUUUUUGUUUCAGAAAAGCUAUCAAAGAGUCUACGACAACGAAGACAGAGAGGUCUUGUCUUCUGGUGGCAAUCUAAUUGCUGUUUCGACAGAAAAGAUUAAGUCAGGAGAAACUGAUGCGGAAAACCUUGAAAGCAGAGAAAUUGAAGAACGUGCAAUUCACUUGUCAUUAGGAGAGUCUGAAGUGACUUUUUGGAGUAGUGACAUCUCCAAGGAAAUGUCUCUUGAUGAACUUAAAGAGACCCGUGUUACCGCCGACCUUGCAUUAACUACCAACAAAGCUGGCAUUCACGAUAGUGGUGACAGUAAAAAGGGAAGGAUAACAAACCAGUGUGAGAAUUUCUCUGGGAUGAGAAGUGUCCAUCCGAGUGAUUCCCAAGUAGAUGGGACAAGUGAUGAUGAUUUGCUAACAGCUAUGGACCUUCUUUGUUUUGCAUGGCAAAUAACACGUGGAAUGGUAAGGGCGCAAGAGAACUUCAAGGGUCCCCCUUCUAAGUGCUACUGGAUACUCAGUUAAUAUUGGUUUCAGCUGGGAUUAAGACCCGCGACUUCCAGCAGGCAGAGGUUAUUUUAUAUAGAGAUGGGUUGUGUCAGUAGGAAGAAAGCGCAUGUUCAUUACACAGAAUCCCUUGGGUACAUGGCAAUAUGGGUGAUUUAUCGAGCGAAAAGAUUAUUUCAAAUUCUCCUUAUUGGAACCCGUUCUCUUAAUUUUCAAGGUUGUUCUCUAUUAUCAUAUUUAAUCAUACGAUUAUCACAUUAAGUAAACUGACUCGGUAUUUGUAAAUGCUUUCAGUUGUGUCGCUUUGAAAAAAUUUCAAAGAUAGGGGGUCAUGAAUCAGUCUGUCUCAAUGAUGGUUGUUCUUUUGUGGUUGGUGGGUCUUGAAGAGACUGUGGUUGUGUUAGAAGCGCUGCUUGGGUCCUGAGUGUUGGGGGUCACUAUUAUGGGCUCCUGUCGGCGUUAUGUCUAAUGUUUUGCUUUUUGGUUUGUGGUAGUUACUUUGGUCAUCUUUCUAGCUCUAGUCAUCUCUUGAGUUGUUGUGGUCAUGCUGCUAUUAGUUUUGGUCAUUGCGCGCGGAAAACGUGGGAGUAAUGGUGGUUGUUGUGGACGGGGGUGUUGUCAGUGUAAAGUUCCCGUUGUGGUUGUAGUAAUAGUGUAGCUGUAAUAGUGUAGCUGCUGUGGUGUCUGUCGUUGGUAUGAUUGGUCAAGUUGUUAUAGUUGUUUUUGUCACUGUAGUAGUUGUCUUUGUGGCAAUUGUUGUAGUCCUGAUAGCCGUUUUGGCUGUAGUUGACUUUUUAUUGUGUUUGGGGCUGGUAGUCCCGAAAUUUGUGUCGUCGCAUCGCAACUGCCGUAAAUACCAUGUAGUUACCCAUAGUUCUUGAAUAGGAAGAUUGAACGUGGGGGGUAUAAGUAUGUCACAAAUUAUUCCUUUCAUGCUUCCUCCAGCUGUCUUUGUUUAUCCCAGAGUUUUCUUGCGAGCAAAGGAUUUGUUCACCGUGACUUAGCGGCGCGUAACAUACUUCUUGGAGAAGACAGAGUGGUAAAGAUCUCUGAUUUUGGACUAAUGAGGCACACUCAGGACGACGUGUACCAGCUCAGGAAGGGAAAAAGGUUGCCGGUUAAGUGGACAGCACCAGAGGCACUCUAUAACAGUCAAUACACCACAAAGAGCGAUGUGUGAGUAUUUUGAUGCUUAGAGUGAAAACUGUGUUACACCAUGUCAACUGCGCAUGGUCAUAUGUCACACAUUUAUCAAUACCGUAAUGAUAGAGCAGUAACCCGUAGUCCAUUGUCAUCCCCAACUGCUGAUUGGUUGAAAAUAUGCGUCAGCCUAUCAAAAUCGAAGCACUACCCAGAUCUGGGAAGUGACAUUCAUGCGUCAUUUCGAGGGAAACCGUUGGUGGCGUCGCAAAAUCUCGGCUGUUUUCUUAGGCUACUUCCGGUAGCGAGCCGCCACGAAAAUGGAAAUAGCACCUUAGAAACGAAGUUGCAGGUUUUCGUUCAGGUCUGGGCACAGUGGAACUUUCAGAUAUCAGAUAGAGUAAACACCUGUUUCUAAGAACAAGUGGUUUUUAAGGCUAAUAAAGUACGAUAUAUGUAAGAACCAAUUAAGCCUGAUAAAUAAAACAUGUUCUCUGGAUGCCAGAAUAGGAACCCAAUUUAGUAACUCCUAUUACGGUACUAUCGUGUACUGGACCAAAAUUUUGUGAAAUGUUAAAACAACUUAACAACUAGAUGUUGGGUUUCCAAUCAAGUUAAUUUUUACUUAUAAAAGUAAAGUAUAAAACAUUGUAUGUUAAUUAAACCUCUAGUACUGCUUAAUGUAUAGUAUUUUUGAAACAAAUUUUGAGAACAUUUUCAGGCUCAGUUAUCACUAAGCACCAGAUAAUUAAGCGGGUGUUCGCUGUUAUUUCUGAAAUAACAGUCUUUAUCUUUCCUUAUGGUCAUCGAGAUUUCUUCAAAUAACUUGACAAUGAUUAAUUCUCAAAGAGUACGGAUUUUAGUACUGUAUAAUUUAUCUUUAGGUGGUCUUUUGGAGUUGUGCUAUGGGAACUUUCCACAAUGGGUAAGAAUUAAUAAAGCACAAUUUAGAAAUCCGUUUAUUACGUAUGGAGUCAUUGAAUGCAGUCUGAAAAAAUCACGAUUUUUUCAUCUUUUGGCUAAAAACAUUGAGGCAAGGAUCUAGUUUAGAUCUUUAAACGGCAAAUUGAUAUCCUCACUAUUCACUCAGCUAAUAAACGAAAGGGAAACGUUUCUCGAACUUAAACAGAAUCAAAUAUACUGAGAGGCGGAAAUACAAAAAUGCUGUCUUAACCCUGUUCAGACCAGGGGAGCUGAGUUGAAUAACUUCAAAACAGUUAAGCUGGACCGCAAAACUUCGCGACUUGGUGACUUAAUAGUAUUCACAGGCAGUGAGCGAGCCAAGUUAUUUCGAUUUUGCAAAAUAGUUGAGGUUGUCAUCAGUUUGUAGCCUAAACAGCUGAUUAAAAAACUUGUUAUUGUAGGAGGGAAUCCAUACCCUGGUAUAAGUAACAAAGAAUUGUACAAGCUUCUAAAAACAGGAUAUCGCAUGGAAAAGCCCGACAUGUGUUCCGAUGAACUGUAAGUAUAGUUUUAGGCUACUUAUGAUGAUAAAUAUUUUGUGUAACGGAUAAAAAUGCAGCCUACAACAAAGCUUUUUGCUCUGGAUUUUCCUUUCAGCUUUCCCUUCACCACGCGAAGCGCUAGCAGUCCUUAGCCUGUCCGUAUGUAGACAUUUUGUUUAACGCGUUGUUGACACUGUGUUACUGUUCCUUUGACAGGUUCCAGCUGCUAUUAGAAUGUUGGAAUGAGGACCCCAGCGCGCGACCGACGUUUGAUCUCGCCGCAAAAGCGCUGGAGAAGAUGAUGGUGAAGGGAACUCCUUAUUUGGAUUUGGAUUUACUUGAUGAAUCAAAGGCAUAUUACUGCGAGAAGCCUUUGGAAGAAGGUGACACAUCCUAA